AUGUCACUACCUUUCAACGCUAGUGCCACUGGCUCACCGCUUCCUUCUCUUACCGCCUCAGUCUCCGACCUCCCACAGGCGCAGGUUGAUGCGAUUAUACGGACCAAGCGAAAAGCUCGCGAACCCAAGGCCUGCUAUCCCUGUCACACACGCAAGGUCAAAUGUGACCGCAAUCUGCCCUGUAGUGGCUGCGUCAAGCGCGACCAUGCAGAUCUAUGCUCCUACGAGCGCCCUUCAAAGAAACGCCAGAUUUCUGCUCAAGCGUAUGUAGCAGCAGCCGCCGCAGCCGCCACAGCGACUUCCAGCGGUGGGGGAGAUGUUGGCAGUCUGCAAGUCAGUACGACGGAGCUGCCAUUAGGCCAGGCUGGCGCCUCGGGCAAGGUUUCCAUACCCAAGGAAGAAUGGGACAAUGUUUGCGCCAAGCUGAAAGAUAUGGAAAAUAUGAUCACGUCGCUUCGCGCGGGACUGGAGCAGGUGGACUCUGGUCAGGUGGUUCCGUCGACCAUACCAAGUGCUACUACGACAGGUCGUUCAGGGGAUUCUUUCCCCGAGAGGGAAGGGAUCCAUGCAUCGAAUGAGCUGGGGAAUGGGACUGUGCAUUUGGGAUCGAGGUCGGUCUUGGCAUAUCUCCUUGGCCGAUCCGGUACGUCGCAGGAGGCCUCCCAAGCACUUCUUGAAGGGGGUAUUCUUCCAAAGCUGGGACUCGACAAUGAAACUGCCACCUACCCAUUCGUUGAUCUGUGGUCAACAGAUAUAUCUACAUUCGAUAUCCGCGCAGUUUGUGCAGUUUUACCAGAUGAUGAACAGUGUAGGAUGUUUAUUCGGCGCUAUCGAGAUAUUGGCGCAACCAUUUAUCCGGUUAUUCCGGACAUCGAACAGUUUGAAGCAUAUGUAGAUACUCUCCUGCAGAAUCGGGCAAUAUGGGGCGACCUGCAUUCAGAUUCGGGCGAGGAAACAGAGAGGCCCUAUGGCAUGACUCUUGCUUUUAUUGGGUUGUUAUUUGCGGCAUUGGCUGCUGGCUGCCAAUCAUCCGACCUCCCUAGCAAGGAGAGGGAGUUGACUUCCCAAGUGUAUGUAUGCUGUUCGUAUCAGUUUCUACGAAUGACAAAUUUCCUUUCCCAACCCACCCUCGAAGCCAUACAGACAUUGCUCAUAAUUGGCAAUGUCCUCUCUUACAAUAUGAAUCCAGGGGUUUCUUACGUCUUACUAGGAAUGACUCUGAGAAUGGGUCUAGCUCUUGGUUUGCAUGUGGAAGCAAACAGAUUCUCAGCCAAUGAGCGGUACAUACGACGAAGGGUUUGGUGGUCGAUGGCAUGGCAAGACAGCCACUUUUCGCUUUCAUACGACAGGCCAUCGACAAUGGCAUUUAGUCAACCUGACAUACCGUACCAUGCAAACUCACAACCAGGAAACCGUUCGUACUUCGAAACUCUCAGCCUGAUGACCUCACUCACCCUGGAAAUCCUCAGGGCGCGCAUGCUCUCACCCCACUCGCAAAUGUCAGUCUCGGUCAUUCAAGCGUACAGAGACGAACUCCAAAGAAUCAUGGCAGAUAAUUAUACUCCGUCAGCUCCCAAGCAUCGCGAUCAUGGAUCGGCCUCCCAACGCGCCAUCAGCUCCGCCUUCCUCCUCGCCGUAAUUGGCGAAUCCAAAAACGACCCGCACAUCCUGCAACUCCUCCGCCGGUUAGAAACAGUGAUAGCGGAACGCGCAUCGUCCGAGGGCGCCUUCACCGCUCCAGCUGCCACUACAUCAACCACCACAACCGCAGCCUCAACCACCAACCCAUCCAGCAGCGACAUGACAUCACCGCAUCAAUCCUUCGGAGCCCCAAAACUCGAACACUCCGAAAUCAUCAAAGGCACCACUAACAUCUCCACCCCAUGCUUCGACCCGGUCUCCAUCGCCUCCACAGCCCCAGUCCCCGUCUCCGUGCCCGUGCACACGCAAACGCAAUGGGCCAAACCACUCACCAAAUCACUUCGCGCGCUCCAGAAGCUCAACGCCGUCUUCUGCAUACAGAACAAGCAGAACGCAUCCCAGGGCCAUGGGGGUGCGGGGGCAUUGCCGACACCUUCUUCGGCAUCCACCCCCAACGUUGGGCAGGGCGGUUUUCCGCAGUCCAGUGCAGGGAUGAAUCUGGUAGCUACGAAGACGGAGUCGUUACCUCCUCAUACGCCUGAGAGCACGACGAGUGGAGAGUGGACAUUGCCAAAUUUGAUGGAUCGGGCGGCGGAGUAUAUUCAUCCGCCGUUGUGGGCGUGA